GUUCCUGCAAGAUUUCCAACAUCCAAAACAAGGUUGUAACAUAUCCUAUGACGGUGCUUUCACUAAUCUAGAAGAAAAAGACUCCACUUACAUCAUUUCUUAUACUUUGUUAGUUUGUUCAUCAACUAGUUCCCUUCUCACUUCACAUAUAAAUAAUCAUCAAUCUCACCUAGUAGUAGGACUGUAGGAGAAUCCUUGUUCUUCUUCUUGUGGUUUUAAUUAAGAAUCAUUAUCAUGUCGAACCCUAAAUUUCAAAGAGCACUUAGUAUAAGAGAAAGAGUUGAAGACACUCUUUUAGCUCAUCGGAAUGAACUCAUUUCUCUUCUAUCCAGGUAUGUUGAACAAGGAAAAGGGAUACUGCAACCCCAUACAUUAAUAGAUGAAUUAACAAACAUAUGUAGUGAAACUAAUAAAUGUGCACCAAAUCUACUUGAUGGUCCUUUUGGUGAAGUUCUCAAAGCUACUCAGGAAGCAAUAAUUUUGCCACCAUUUGUAGCAAUAGCAGUCAGGCCAAGACCAGGUGUGUGGGAUUAUGUUAGGGUCAAUGUUAAUGACUUGACUGUUGAGCAACUGAGCAUUUCUGAGUAUCUCAAAUUUAAAGAAGAACUUGUUGAUGGCCAGUUUAGUAGUCAGUUUGUACUGGAGUUGGAUUUUGAACCAUUUAAUGCCAACUUUCCGAAGCCAAAUCGAUCUUCAUCAAUUGGAAAUGGAGUUCAGUUUCUUAAUAGGCAUUUAUCGUCGAUUAUGUUCCGGAAUAAAGAUUGUUUGGAGCCUUUGCUAAAUUUUCUUCGUGCCCACGAGUACAAAGGCCAGGUUAUGAUGCUGAAUGACCGUAUACAUGGCUUGUCUAGACUUGAGUCUUCUUUGGCGAAGGCAGAGGAAUAUCUCUCUAAGAUCUCGGCAGAUGCACCAUAUUCUGACUUUGAACACAAAUUCCAGGAAAUGGGUUUUGAAAGAGGUUGGGGUGAUAGUGCAGGCCGUGUAUCAGAGAACGUGCAUCUUCUAUUGGACAUCCUUCAGGCUCCUGAUCCGUCCUCCUUGGAGAAAUUUCUCGGGAGACUGCCUAUGGUGUUUAAUGUUGUCAUUGUUUCUCCACAUGGAUACUUUGGCCAAGCAAAUGUUUUGGGUUUACCUGACACUGGUGGUCAGAUUGUGUAUAUACUGGAUCAAGUCCGUGCACUGGAAAAUGAAAUGCUUUUGAGAAUAAAAAAGCAGGGACUUAAUGUUACUCCUAGAAUCCUUAUAGUUACUCGUUUAAUACCUGAUGCAAAAGGUACGACUUGCAAUCAACGGUUAGAAAGAAUCACGGGGACACAAUAUACACACAUUUUGCGGGUUCCUUUUAGAACUGAGCAUGGAAUUCUACGGAAAUGGAUUUCAAGAUUUGAUGUCUGGCCUUAUCUAGAGACCUUUGCAGAGGAUGCAGCAAGUGAAAUUGCUGCGGAGCUGCAGGGAGUUCCAGAUUUCAUCAUUGGAAACUACAGUGAUGGAAAUCUUGUUGCGUCGUUGUUAUCUUAUAAAUUGGGGAUUACACAGUGUAACAUUGCACACGCCUUGGAGAAAACAAAAUACCCUGACUCUGAUAUAUACUGGAGGAAAUUCGAGGACAAAUACCACUUCUCCUGCCAGUUUACUGCUGAUAUAAUUGCUAUGAACAACGCGGAUUUUAUAAUCACCAGUACAUAUCAAGAGAUUGCUGGAAGCAAGCAUACGGUUGGGCAGUAUGAGAGCCACACAACGUUUACUCUUCCGGGAUUAUACAGAGUGGUUCAUGGCAUUGAUGUUUUUGACCCCAAGUUUAAUAUUGUUUCACCUGGGGCUGAUAUGUCCAUAUACUUCCCAUACUCUGAAAAGGACAAAAGACUUACUUCUUUACAUGGUUCAAUUGAAAAGUUGUUAUAUGAUCCAGAUCAGAACGACGAACACAUAGGUACUUUGAGUGACCGGUCCAAACCCAUUAUCUUUUCCAUGGCGAGGCUUGAUCGAGUGAAAAACAUAACAGGACUGGUAGAGUGGUAUGCUAAGAAUACUAGACUCAGGGAUUCUGUAAACCUUGUUGUGGUUGCUGGUUACAAUGAUGUCAAAAAAUCCAACGACAGAGAAGAAAUUGCUGAGAUUGAGAAGAUGCACGACCUAAUGAAACAGUACAACUUGAACGGCCAAUUUCGAUGGAUAUCAGCGCAGAUGAACAGAGCACGUAAUGGUGAACUAUACCGAUAUAUUGCUGAUACACGGGGUGCAUUUGUGCAACCUGCUCUCUAUGAAGCAUUUGGCCUUACAGUUGUGGAGGCGAUGACUUGUGGUCUUCCAACAUUUGCUACUUGUCAUGGAGGUCCUGCUGAGAUAAUCGAACAUGGAAAAUCGGGUUUCCACGUUGAUCCAUAUCACCCUAAUCAGGCCGGUGAACUCAUGGCAGAUUUUUUUGAGCGCUGCAAGAAGGAACCUAGUCACUGGGAUGGGAUCUCCUCUGCGGGGCUUCAGCGGAUUUAUGACAGGUAUACUUGGAAGAUCUAUUCAGAAAGACUAAUGACACUAGCUUGUGUUUAUGGUUUUUGGAAGUAUGUCUCAAAACUUGAAAGGCUUGAGACCCGGCGAUACUUAGAGAUGUUUUACAUUCUGAAGUUCCGGGAACUUGCAAAAUCUGUUCCACUGGUUCCAGAAGCAGUUGGCGAUGGUCACUGAAGUAUGUUUAGAGAUGGUCAAGUAAUGUUGUCCAGGAAUUCAGUUUUCCUUUCAGGUUAGUGUAUAAUAUUAAAUAAGAAUCCAUGAAUGUCGAGAUGGAUAUAUAAACGGUGUGCAUGUAGUAAUUUGUUUGGAUAAAACAACUGAAUGAUAAGUGAUUGGUAAUGAACACAACUUUUAUUAUAA